UCCAUUAUUUUUAAAAUAUUGCUCAUAUAUUGUUUGUUGUUUACUCUCACUGCCAAGCUUCAAACUUUUCCUGUUUCUCUCUCAACCAUUAUAUGCCCACUCUAUCUUCUCAUUAGUUCUUUUUAUUUUCAUCUUCUCCCAUUGGUGGAGCUGACUCCAAGAAUAUAUUGGUAAGGUAGUUUUAAUCAAUUUGCAAAAAUGGAGAUAACCAAUGUUAUGGAAUAUGAGGAAAUUGCAAGGCAGAAGUUGCCUAAGAUGGUAUUCGACUACUAUGCAUCUGGAGCAGAGGACCAGUCGACUCUUAAGGAAAACCGCAAUGCUUUCUCAAGAAUUCUGUUUCGCCCUCGCAUUCUUAUUGAUGUGAGCAGGAUCGACAUGACCACAUCUGUUUUAGGAUUCAAGAUUUCAAUGCCUAUCAUGCUUGCUCCAACCGCCAUGCAGAAGAUGGCCCACCCUGAAGGGGAGUAUGCAACAGCAAGGGCAGCUUCAGCAGCUAAUACAAUUAUGACACUGUCCUCAUGGGCCACUUCCAGUGUUGAGGAGGUUGCUUCGACUGGACCUGGCAUUCGCUUUUUCCAGCUCUAUGUGUACAGGAACAGGAAUGUGGUUGCUCAGCUUGUGAGAAGAGCUGAGAGAGCUGGUUUCAAGGCUAUUGCUCUUACUGUGGACACUCCAAGACUUGGACGAAGAGAAGCUGAUAUCAAGAACAGAUUUGUUCUGCCGCCACAUUUGUCUUUGAAGAACUUCGAGGGAUUGGAUCUUGGAAAAAUGGACAAGAGUGAUGACUCUGGACUAGCUUCAUAUGUUGCUGGCCAAAUUGACCGAACACUCAGCUGGAAGGAUGUGAAGUGGCUUCAGACAAUCACAUCUCUGCCAAUCCUGGUGAAGGGUGUGCUGACUGCUGAGGAUGCUAGGCUAUCCGUCCAGAACGGCGCUGCUGGAAUCAUCGUCUCCAAUCAUGGAGCUCGCCAGCUCGAUUAUGUUCCUGCAACCAUUGCGGCUUUGGAAGAGGUCGUUAAAGCUGCACAAGGCCGAAUUCCAGUUUUUCUUGAUGGUGGAGUUCGUCGUGGAACAGAUGUUUUUAAGGCAUUGGCUCUAGGAGCAUCUGGAGUAUUUGUUGGAAGGCCAGUUCUCUACUCAUUGGCUGCUGAAGGCGAAGCUGGUGUUCGGAAAAUGCUUGGAAUGCUUCGCGAAGAGUUUGAGCUAACAAUGGCAUUAAGCGGCUGUCGCUCUCUCAAAGAGAUCACCCGUGACCACGUUGUGGCUGACUGGGAUCAUCCUCGCCCUGUUGCCUCUGCCAGAUUAUAAGGCGGUGAUCAAAAUGGAGAAAGUAAAAGUUAUAAGUGAAUCUGUGAUCAGAAUCACGAACAUUGCGGUAAAAGGGCUGAUCAAUAUUUGAAAGAAAUGUAAACUUAUGUAGAAACAUUCGAUAGUAUUUCUAUGAAUGGACACUGCUUUCGUUGUAUAUUCUUUGCCGAACUUAGGCAUGAUUACCAUACUGUUUGUGCACAA